AUGGGUCUGGGCUACUUCGCCCGCUGCGCCAUGGAGCGUCUGCAGUGGGGCAAGGGGCAGCUCACGCGGACCUAUGAGCACCAGGGCGAACACGUGAAGCUCACGCAGAGGGCAGCGGAUGAAACCACGCAGGAGUUUGACAUCAAUGGCCAGCCGCAGAAGGUGCAGCAGGGCGACGGAGUGGUGAUUCAAACCACCUGUUGGGACGAGAAGGAGGAGGGGGUUCUCAUCAUGGAGACAAAAGACCUCCUGGGUUGCAAGCCAAAGACCUGGACGACUACGCGGCAGUACCUCCAAGACAACCAGCUGGUGGUGGAAGUGCUGGGCGCAGAUGGCCACAGAGCCACCUGGACCUACCAGCGCGAAGACUGA